CAUUAAAGUUAAUGUCACCAUUUCACUGCCUUCACUCAAUCUACCUUGACAUUUUGUUUGAGAUUGCACUAGCAUGUUGUUGUUCGCGGGAAAAAAAUAAGUGAGACUGAAGUGAAAGUCCGUUUCCUUUGAGCACGAAGAGUUCUCAGGAAACGUUUGCAUUGGAAACAAAGGAGUAAUGAGUUGAGGUUUUGUGGUUUCUUGUUGCACGGAGUUGUACAAACUUCGGCAUUGCAAGCCAAAAACUUGCCUUGCACUGAAACGUUUAAUGGAUUGGAACGCUGACGAAGUUGCGGACUGGUUAAAAGAAAUACGGCUUUCAAAGUAUGCCAAGAGAUUUAAAGGAUAUUUUGUCAAUGGAGCUGUUUUGCUCCAAAUGGAUGAUAAUUUUCUUGAUGACCUUGAGGUCACAAAUUGUAAGGACAGGGAAAUUCUCCUGAAAGAAUCCUCCAAGCUUGCCUCGAUAAAAAGUAAACAGCCGGCGGUGCCCAUUGGAAGAGACUUUGCAAAAAAUACACAAACCUUAUCAACUCCACUCAUUACUGUCAGCAAUUUUGAUGACGAUGACGAUGAACAAAAAUUAAUUGUCGUGUAUGGCGACGAUCAGCGAAGAGCCCAUACUGAAUACAGAUCAAAUGAAAAAUUGCCGCUGAAUCAAAGAGUUAUAAACUUCAAGCAUAGCGUUGGAGGACAAUCAGUGAGCGAUGAUAGCUCUGACAGAGAUUUUAGUCUUACAGACAGUCACAACAAACACCAUUUUGAUAUCUGUGAUGAAGAUCCAAACAGGCCAGUUGAUCCGACGCCAACAGCAUCAGCAGUUGCCACAAGAGCCACUCAAAUGGUUGAACUGUUAUCAAGUGAUAAUGUUGCAUUACGAGAAAAACUGCAAAGUGUUUACUAUGAAAUGAGUAGAAUGCAAAAGGUUGAAAGUGAACUUGAGAUCUUACGCACUGCAUACGAGGAACUACAAAUAUCGUUUAGGAAACGAGAAAAUCUGGAAUAUAGCACAAGAACACGAAUAGAAACGGAGAUGAAGAAACUUCGAGAAAGAAACAGGAAUCUAAAAGCUGAGCUGGAGAAAUGUAAAAGUGAAGUCGAACAAGGAAAGAAUUCAUUGGAGAACUUCAAGAGGGAACUUAAACUCAAGAAUGAAGUCAUACGACAGCUCAUAUGUCAAAAUAGCAACUUCAUUUCAACGAGAGAAGAGCUGGAAGGCACAAUAAAUCAACAGAACACACAAAUAGGAGAACUAGAGAGGGACAAAGAUCUGUUGAGUUCAUCGCUGGCACAAAGUCGAGAAAGAAUAACAUGUCUUCAAAAUGAGCUCGAACAAAAGUUGCACACGAAUUACGUGAGCUCGACAGGGAUGGCAGAUGGUCUGCACGUGACGGAAAGUAACCCAGUUGACGAGGGGUCGGGCUCGACAACUGCUGACGAAAUAAGAACACGUCACCGUCAUUCAAUCUCAGCUGAUGAAGGUAUAGCAGAGUUAGAUGGGCCAACAAGUAUUCCUGUGUUACUUGAAAUGUUAAGAGAGAAAGACGAAAGGAUUCAAGUGCUGGAAGAUAAUUUAUCACGGCUCGAACAAACGUUAAUGCAAGAAGGCACAUCAAGGAGUUUGGCCAUUAAAGCUGUAUCUGUCCCAAAGGAAGCACGGAUAGUGGCACUGGAAAAAUCGAUCCAAGAACGCGAAAAGAUUAUCGCUGAGUGUAGAGCAGAAAAUUUAAAAUCCGUCGAAGAACUUUACGUGGCCAACAGGCGCUGUGCUGAUUUAGAAUCCAUAAUAAAAUCCCUUCACUCGCAGUUGGCGGAGAAAACAGCAAGAAUACACAUUCUUCAAAAUAACAACAGCGAUGAACUGAGUGAACCUGAAUGGCCACUAGACCCAGCCUACUGUCGGACAGACUUCGUCCGAAUGAGAGAACUGGCACGAGAUUCUUAUGCAGAAUCACUUGAUUCCGGAAUGUCACUUACUAAUGCACUAGAUGCGAAACAAACAGAUCCUGAAUUCAAGACAAUGGACGAACCAGAUGAGCUAUCAGUUCACUUUUGGUCUGUGUAGCAAUUUAGGUUUGGAAAGGAUAAGUGGACAUAGAAAAUACCACUGCGGACUUCAUCCGAGUGUCUUCUUGGAUAUUUGAGUCAAAGAUCUUUUAAAACCAGCUAAUUUUUUCCGUUGAACAAAUGUAGACCUUUAAAAGCAGAGCUUCACCCAAAAUUCAAGGAACAAGAGUGAAAACAAAACAAAAACCCGCCUCUGAAACCAAGUGUAUCAGGUGGCUUGAAUCUUAGUGAAACUACACAAAAAGACGAAGUGUAAUUUUAAGUUUUGGCCAGUUUUAAAGGGGAAAUAAACACAUUCAUCUGUUUGCAAGUUUCAUAUAGGUUGGCGAUUGUUCUCGCAUGAAACAAAAUGGCAACUCAGUUACCAAGAAAGAUUGCAUAAUUAUGAAUUAUACAAAAGAAAAGUUAGAUAAUCAUACUUUUAAAAAUAUACGAAAACCUUUACUUCCUAAUACCAAUAUUGUACAGCAGCAUCGCAUUAAAAACUGUUAUUGCCAAUUGGGGGAAGACAGA